UUGGCCGCUACAACCAUGGGGUGGGGUUGUAGUGGCUCUCUAGGUUUAGUAAUCCUGGUGAUUCUGAAGUUAUGUCACGGGCAAGCAGACCUUUGGAAAGGUGACACUGAAGCCAUCCAGUAUCGGUAUAACUGUGGAGUCCAUGGUUUGCAAUUGCUUGUGUUCUCCAGUCAUGGCCAAGAGGUCCAACUUAAAGUUUUGGAUGAAUCCGGGAGAAUCUUUGAAGUUUCCAACUGUUCUAGCUGUGAUCACUGGAUCACGUCACAUAAUAGGACUAUUGCCUUGUCUGUUGGCUAUGGUGGAUGCCAUGUAAUAAAGAAGGAUGGCACACAUCAUUUGAAGAUCCGUUUAGAGGAACUAACAAGGAACCGAAGAGUCUUUGCUGCUCAUGACAUCAACAUGAUCUGCCCAAAGCCACAGGAGCAUGUCACAACCCCAAAGAACAACAUGAGCCAUGUGAAAGAGCCUCAACCUGCUCUAGUGCAAACAGGAGGGUCCCAUCUAGGCCAGGUUUACCAUGGGCAGUCCCGCCCUAGUGGUUUUCUCCCACUACAGCCCAGUCAGGUGCACCUGGGGGAGUCGCAGCUUGGCCUAGUGCAUCCAGGGCAAUCCCAGACCGGUCAACUUCUCCCACUUAUGCCUGGCCAAGUACACCCACUCCAACCUGGGUUAUUGCAACCAGAUGCAUCCCAAACAGGUCUGGUGCACCCAGUCCAGCCUGGAGAGGUGCGCCCAGGAGAGUCCCAACCUGGCCUUGUGCGUCCGAUCCAGCCAGGACAGGUGCGCCCAGGAAAGUCCCAGCCCAGCCUCGUGCGCCCAAUGCGCCCCAUCCAGCCAGGACAGGUGCGCCCAGGAGAGUCCCAGCCCAGUCUCCUGCGCCCCGUCCAGCCGGGACAGGUGCACCCAGGGGAGUCCCAGCCCGGCCUUGUGCGCCCAAUCCAGCCAGGACAGAUGCGCCCAGGAGAGUCACAGCCUGGCCUCGUGCGUCCCAUCCAGCCAGGACAGGUGCGCCCAGGAGAGUCACAGCCCGGCUUCUUGCAUCCCAUCCAGCCAGGACAGGUGCGCCCAGGAGAGUCCCAGCCCAGCCUCAUGCGUCCCAUCCAGCCAGAACAGGUGCGCCCAGGAGAGUCACAGCCCGGCUUCUUGCAUCCCAUCCAGCCAGGACAGGUGCGCCCAGGAGAGUCGCAGCCCAGCCUCAUGCGUCCCAUCCAGCCAGGACAGGUGCGCCCAGGAGAGUCACAGCCCGGCUUCUUGCAUCCCAUCCAGCCAGGACAGGUGCGUCCAGGAGAGGCCCGGCCCGGCCUUGUUCAUCCCAUCCAGCCAGGACAGGUGUGCCCAGGAGAGGCCCGGCCCGGCCUUGUGUGUACCAUCCAGCCAGGACAGGUGCGCCCAGGAGAGUCACAACCUGGCCUCGUGCGUCCCAUCCAGCCAGGACAGGUGCGCCCAGGAGAGUCCCAGCCCAGCCUCGUGCAUCCCAUCCAGCCAGUACAGGUGCGCCCAGGAGAGUCACAGCCCGGCUUCUUGCAUCCCAUCCAGCCAGGACAGGUGCGCCCAGGAGAGGCCCGGCCCGGCCUUGUUCGUCCCAUCCAACCAGGACAGGUGCGCCCAGGAGAGGCCCGGCCCGGUCUCGUGCGUCCCAUCCAGCCAGGACAGGUGCGCCCAGGAGAGUCGCAACCUGGCCUCAUGCGCCCAAUGCGCCCCAUCCAGCCAGGACAGGUGCGCCCAGGAGAGUCCCAGCCCAGCCUCGUGCAUCCCAUUCAGCCAGGACAGGUGCACCCAGGAGGGUCCCAGCCCAGCCUCGUGCGUCCCAUCCAUCCAGGACAAGUGCGCCCAGGGGAGUCCCAGCCUGGUCUCCUGCGCCCAAUCCAGCCAGGACAGGUGCGCCCAGGUGAAUCCCAGCCUGGCUUCGUCCAUCCCAUCCAUCCAGGACAGGUGCGCCCAGGAGAGUCACAACCUGGCCUCGUGCAUCCCAUCCAGCCAGGACAGGUGCGCCCAGGAGAGUCCCAGCCCAGCCUCGUGCGUCCCAUCCAGCCAGGACAGGUGCACCCAGGGGAGUCCCAGCCCGGUCUCAUGCACCCGAUCCAGCCAGGACAGGUGCGCCCAGGUGAAUCCCAGCCUGGCUUCGUCCAUCCCAUCCAUCCAGGACAGGUGCGCCCAGGAGAGUCACAACCCGGCUUCGUGCGCCCCAUGCGCCCCAUCCAGCCAGGACAGGUGCGCCCAGGAGAGUCACAGCCCGGCUUCUUGCAUCCCAUCCAGCCAGGACAGGUGCGCCCAGGAGAGGCCCGGCCCGGCCUUGUUCGUCCCAUCCAGCCAGGACAGGUGUGCCCAGGGGAGGCCCGGCCCGGCCUCAUGUGUACCAUCCAGCCAGUACAGGUGCGCCCAGGAGAGUCACAACCUGGCCUCGUGCAUCCCAUCCAGCCAGUACAGGUGCGCCCAGGAGAGUCACAGCCCGGCUUCUUGCAUCCCAUCCAGCCAGGACAGGUGAGCCCAGGAGAAGCCCGGCCCGGCCUCAUGCGUCCCAUCCAGCCAGGACAGGUGCGCCCAGGAGAGUCGCAGCCCGGCCUCGUGCAUCCCAUCCAGCCAGGACAGGUGCGCCCAGGAGAGUCCCAGCCCAGCCUCGUGCGUCCCAUACAGCCAGGACAGGUGCACCCAGGGGAGUCCCAGCCCGGUCUCAUGCACCCGAUCCAGCCAGGACAGGUGCGCCCAGGUGAAUCCCAGCCUGGCUUCGUCCAUCCCAUCCAUCCAGGACAGGUGCGCCCAGGAGAGUCGCAGCCCGGCCUCGUGCACCCCAUGCGCCCCAUCCAGCCAGGACAGGUGCGCCCAGGAGAGUCCCAGCCUGGUCUCCUGCGCCCCAUCCAGCCAGGACAGGUGCGCCCAGAAGAGUCCCAGCCCAGCCUCGUGCAUCCCAUUCAGCCAGGACAGGUGCAUCCAGGAGGGUCCCAGCCCAGCCUCGUGCGUCCCAUCCAUCCAGGACAGGUGCGCCCAGGGGAGUCCCAGCCCGGUCUCCUGCGCCCAAUCCAGCCAGGACAGGUGCGCCCAGGUGAAUCCCAGCCUGGCUUCGUCCAUCCCAUCCAUCCAGGACAGGUGCGCCCACGAGAGUCACAACCUGGCCUCGUGCAUCCCAUCCAGCCAGGACAGGUGCGCCCAGGAGAGUCCCAGCCCAGCCUCGUGCGUCCCAUCCAGCCAGGACAGGUGCACCCAGGGGAGUCCCAGCCCGGUCUCAUGCACCCGAUCCAGCCAGGACAGGUGCGCCCAGGUGAAUCCCAGCCUGGCUUCGUCCAUCCCAUCCAUCCAGGACAGGUGCGCCCAGGAGAGUCGCAGCCCGGCCUCGUGCACCCCAUGCGCCCCAUCCAGCCAGGACAGGUGCGCCCAGGAGAGUCCCAGCCUGGUCUCCUGCGCCCCAUCCAGCCAGGACAGGUGCGCCCAGGGGAGUCCCAGCCCGGCCUCUUGCGCCCAAUCCAGCCAGGAGAGGUGCGCCCAGGAGAGUCCCAGCCCAGCCUUGUACGCCCAAUCCAGCCAGGACAGGUGCGUCCAGGAGAGUCCCAGCCCAGCGUCGUGCAUCCCCUCCAGCCAGGACAGGUGCACCCAGGAGAGUCCCAGCCCAGCCUCGUGCGCCCGAUCCAGCCAGGACAGGUGCGCCCAGGAGAGUCCCAGCCCAGUCUCCUCCGCCCCAUCCAGCCAGGACAGGUGCGCCCAGGAGAGUCCCAGCCCAGCCUCAUGCAUCCCAUCCAGCCAGGACAGGUGCACCCAGGAGAGUCCCAGCCCAGCCUUGUACACCCAAUCCAGCCAGGACAGGUGCGUCCAGGAGAGUCCCAGCCCAGCCUUGUGCAUCCCAUUCAUCCAGGACAGGUGCGCCCAGGGGAGUCCCAGCCCGGCCUCGUGCAUCCCAUCCAACCAGGACAGGUGCGCCCACUCCAGCCUGGCAUAGUGCAUCCAGGUCUGUUACAACCUGGCCUAGUGCAUCCAGGGCAGUUCCAGCCAGGCCUGGUAUAUCCAGGUGAAUCCCAACCUGGCCAGCUUUUUCCACGCCAGCCUGACCUUGUUCACCCACUUCAGCCAAGCCAUGUUAAUCCAGAGGAAUCCUUCCCUGGGCCUGUGCAUCCAAUGGUCAUCCAAUCUAGUGUAGGUCGCCCUCUAACUCAGCAGCAAUGCCAGGUUUCUUCUGGGAGAAUAUCCUGUGCAGAUGUACAAGGACCAGCAGCUUGUCAUCAGACUGGAUGUUGUUAUGAUGCUAUGGAUCCGGCGACUCCAUGCUACUAUGGCAACACAGUCACUGUUCAGUGCCUUCGAGAUGGCUACUUCAUCUUGGUAAUCUCCAGGGAUAUGUUGGAUUAUCCAAUCAUCCUGGAGAGUGUUAAGCUCUCCUAUGCCCAAGCAGGUUGUGGUCCAGUCAGGAAAACAGAAUCUUUCCUGGUCUUCCGCUUUUCUCUCACACAGUGUGGCACAACAAUUCAGGUGACUGGUGACAAACUGAUAUACGAAAACCAGCUCGUUUCUGGCCUUGACAUCCUAAGAGGGCCAGAUGGCUCUAUUACACGAGAUAGUACCUUCAUGCUUCAUGCUCGUUGUAUCUACAAUGCUACUGAUUUCCUGCCACUUCAGGUUGAAGUGUUUUCACCUCCCAGCCCAGCUCCAAUUUUCCAAGUAGGACCCCUCCGGCUUGAGCUGCGCAUUGCCACAGACUCGAGCUAUACCUCAUACUACUCAGAUACACAGUAUCCUAUUGUGAAGAUCCUGAGAGAGCCUGUGCAUGUGGAGAUUCGCAUCCUACAGAGACUGGACCCAUCCCUAGUUCUGGUUCUCCAUGAGUGCUGGGCUACUCCAAGUUCAAAUCCCCUUGAGCAAUUACAGUGGCCAGUGCUAGUAGAUGGGUGCCCGUUUGAAGGAGACAAUUACAGAACCCAGCUAGUACCCAUGGGACCUGCUACAUCAGAUCUUCGCUUUCCUAACCAUUACCAGCGUUUCAUCAUUUACACAUUCACAUUUGUGGAUUCUGCCCCUCAAGUGGUGCUAGAUGGCUGGGUGUACCUUUUCUGCAGCGUAUCUGUUUGCCAUCCGUCUGAUAAUGAUUCCUGCAGGGUUGCAUGUCAAAUGCCAGUGGCUUCAAGAGGCCGUCGAUUUUUGAAGGAGGAGAAUGAGACAGAAUCCUUGGACUUAGUAAGCACUUAUGGAGCUGUAAUUUUUCAAGAGAGUAUUCAUGAGAAACAAGUCAAGUGGGAGAGUGAUGUGAUCUCCAGUGAAGACCUGACUCUGGUGCUUUUGGUGGUACUACCUAUCAUUGGGAUUAUCCUAUUUAUUGCUGUGCUAGUGCUCUGGAAGAAAAAAAGCAUGAUGACAAGCUCUAAAUUUGUACAGAAAAUAUAUAAAUAA